GAGGCCUGGCUCCGCGGGUGACGCGUGGAGCCGCGGAGAGACAGCUGAGAGCCAUGGCGGCGUUGGUGUUGGCAGCGGCAGGACGGGCCCGGAUCCUGCAGCUUGCUUCCAAAGCAAGCCCCACCUGGUAUCCAGUAUCUUCCUUCUCUUCAUCUUCAGUGCCAACUGUAAAACUCUUCAUUGAUGGGAAAUUUGUUGAAUCCAGAAGUGACAAAUGGAUUGACAUUCACAACCCAGCCACCAAUGAGGUCAUUGGUCGCGUUCCUCAGUCCACCAAGGCUGAAAUGGAUGCAGCUGUUGCUGCCUGCAAGUGUUCUUUUCCCACAUGGGCAGACACAUCAAUAUUAAGCCGUCAGCAGAUCUUUCUCCGCUAUCAACAACUUAUUAAAGAAAACUUGAAAGAAAUUGCCAGAUUAAUCACAUUGGAACAAGGAAAGACCCUAGCUGAUGCUGAAGGAGAUGUAUUUCGAGGCCUUCAGGUGGUUGAGCACGCCUGUAGUGUGACAUCCCUCAUGCUGGGAGAGACUAUGCCAUCCAUCACCAAGGACAUGGACCUUUAUUCCUACCGCCUACCUCUAGGGGUGUGUGCAGGCAUCGCUCCAUUUAAUUUUCCUGCCAUGAUCCCCUUGUGGAUGUUUCCCAUGGCCAUGGUUUGUGGGAAUACUUUCCUGAUGAAACCAUCAGAGCGAGUCCCUGGAGCAACCAUGCUUCUUGCUAAGUUGCUUCAAGACUCUGGUGCCCCUGAUGGAACACUGAACAUCAUCCAUGGACAGCAUGAAGCUGUCAAUUUUAUUUGUGAUCAUCCGGAUAUCAAAGCAAUCAGCUUUGUGGGAUCCAACCAGGCAGGAGAGUACAUUUUCGAAAGAGGGUCAAGACACGGCAAGAGGGUUCAAGCUAAUAUGGGAGCCAAAAAUCAUGGGGUAAUUAUGCCAGAUGCCAAUAAAGAAAAUACCCUAAACCAGCUUGUUGGGGCAGCAUUUGGAGCUGCUGGUCAGCGCUGCAUGGCUCUUUCAACAGCAAUUCUUGUGGGAGAAGCUAAGAAGUGGCUGCCAGAGCUAGUGGAACGGGCCAAAAAACUAAGAGUCAAUGCAGGAGACCAGCCUGGAGCUGAUCUUGGCCCACUGAUCACUCCACAGGCCAAAGAACGAGUCUGCAAUCUAAUUGAUAGUGGAACGAAGGAGGGAGCUUCUAUCCUUUUAGAUGGGCGAAAAAUUAAAGUCAAAGGCUAUGAGAAUGGUAAUUUUGUUGGACCAACCAUCAUCUCAAAUGUCAAGCCAAACAUGACAUGUUAUAAAGAAGAGAUUUUUGGUCCAGUUCUUGUGGUACUAGAGACAGAAACACUAGAUGAAGCCAUCAAGAUCGUAAAUGAUAACCCAUAUGGAAAUGGAACUGCCAUCUUCACCACCAAUGGAGCCACUGCUCGGAAAUAUUCCCACCUGGUAGAUGUUGGACAGGUGGGAGUGAAUGUUCCCAUUCCAGUGCCUUUGCCAAUGUUCUCAUUCACGGGCUCUCGAUCUUCCUUCAGGGGAGACACCAAUUUCUAUGGCAAACAGGGUAUCCAGUUCUAUACUCAGCUAAAGACCAUCACUUCUCAGUGGAAAGAAGAGGAUGCUACUCUUUCCUCACCUGCUGUAGUCAUGCCUACCAUGGGCCAUUAGAAACAAGUUUCUUCAAGACUUGAUCCUAAGUAAUCUUCAUUCUUGACCAACUUUAUUUGCCAUCUUUGCUAAAAAAAAAACUUCCUAGAAUUGGAUACGACUAAAUUCUCUCAAGAUGCUCCAUCCAUUCAAAGUUGCUAUAGGGAGAAUGUUGGUGUAAUGAUGACACCCAAGUUUUCACUUGUUCUUCAUACUUUUUUCGGGGGUAUCCAUUGUAACUGUGAAAUGCUUAUCUGGAAGGACAACUUAAUCCUGUUUUCUACAAUUUCUCCUUUUUGAAGGAGGGAGAGGUCACUCUAUAUGCAGAAAAUAUUUCAACAAGUGGAAAAAGAACCCUUGCAUGGGGAAAUAAGACAUAAACAGUUACUCUCUAAUUGUGCCUCAAAUACAGCCCUUCAUCAAUAGCAGUGGGCACAACCCCUCUGCUUUUCACUCAUCCUGUACUACACAGAUGUAAACCAUUUCUACUUAUCCAAUAUGAUGGCUAUUUCUCUUUUGCUCAAUGUCACUUCAUUGUCCUUGUGAUUUAUGACCACAAUUUCAUUCAUUGUCCUCGUUCCUGCUUCUUAAAAUACUUCACAAGAAUACCUCAGUAUACAAUGGAUAAAUCAACCUUUUAUCAGCUGUGCCAAAUGUUAACUUUCAGAGUUUGCUUCAGCAAUCACUAAUCGAUGCUUCAGCUAUUAAUUUACAUACAAAUUGUCUUCUUGGAUAAUUGUUUCAAAAAUUAUUUUGUAUCCAGAAAUUAAGAGUGCUUUAACUAUGUGAAAUGGGUAAGACUCUUGCCUUAAGCAAGUCUAACCUGCUAUUAUUUGCCAAAUUUUAUAUGUUAUUAUUUCCUCCUGCCUGAAUUUCUCAUUAGUAAUAUUUUAAUGAAAGAAUAAUUUAUGUAGAAUAACUCUUCAGGACUUAAGAAAUUUCAAAGCUUUCCAUAAGUAGUGACAUAAGAAAUUUCAAAGCUUUCCAUUACAUAAGUAGUGACAAGCUUUUGAUAGUCUUUGCUACCACAAAUUCAACUACCUUGGAGUGUUUUGUUUCUUUGCUCUAUCUAAAUUUUAACUCAGAAUAGAAACUGAUGUUCUAAACAGCAGGGAUUCUUUUUGCUCCACCAUCCCAUAUGAAUCCUAACUUUGUGAACUAGAAGCCUAUUAGCUCUGAUGGAGAGAACUCUGCUGCUCUGCCAGAUGGCACUGAUUAUUUACUUUUCUGCUUCCUCAUUAAUUACUUGGACCCUAUUCUACAUGGUUAAUUCAAUGAGUUAAGUAAAGAUUGUUUAAAAAAUA